AUGUCCCUGAAACAACAAGAUGUUCCAUUAGAAGAAUUAGAUCAAAGACCACAAAUAAACGUUAAUGAUAAACCUAUUACCGAUGAACCAAAGGCUUCACCAGCUAUGAAACAAGAGCCACAAUCAAAUAAUGAAAAUUCACAAAAUCUAAAAUCAAAAGAAUCAAGUAACCCGAAUAACGGAUCAUCUAGUUCUGAUUCUGAUUCCGAUUCAGAUAGUGAUGACGAUAUCAACUCGCAUUUUACUGCUACUAGUGGUUAUCAAAGAGAAUCAAAUGAAUGUACUGAAUUUUGUAUUGAAUGUUGUACUUGUUUUGGUGUUCUUAAUUGUUGUCCAAACAAUGGUGAAGGUUGUGUCACCAAUAUGGCUACAUUCAUUGGUAAUAUGCUUUUUGCUUGUUGCAAAUGUUGA